GAUAUCAAGAGAGGUAAAUCUUGAAUGAAAUUAAAAGACAAUGGAGGACAUCGGUGAGGGUGAUAUAAGUCGAACCGAAGGAAAAGAGAAAAUCUCGCCUCGUCAUGAUUUCGGGACACGAUGGCAUCGCUUUCGGGUUCUCACGUCGCGUUUGUUCAUCCUUCGAGGUUCCCGUGCGAUGAACGAUCCUCGGUUCAAGUACAGAAGCCGCGGACGGCAAGCGGCACCAUGUUCGAUCGUGGCUAUCGCUUACGGACGUUUAUUCGAGCCAAAGGAGUGGACGAAGAAUCACGUGGAUCAAGUGCUCGAACAUGGUGACAAGCUGUUUCGCGCGAGCGUCGCGAGGACGCGGUUGAAGGACGACGAAUACUUGAGGACCGACCGCGUACAUAACGAGUUCUACGUCAAUCUCUGCAAGAUUCUGGUCGGCAUCGAGGACAGCGGUAUCCAUGGCAAUAUCUUGAGCGGGUCCAUCGGCUGUACCGAUCUUGCCCAGGGUCUGCACAAGUUUUUACGGGACAAUGAUUCUGGAGUGAUCACCGCGCAGGGUAGUUCCAUUGCCGUCUGGCGACAAUCUCCUGAUGCCAAAAGUUUUCUGUAUUUUGAUCCGGCGUCAUGCGAUGAGAACGGUCUGCGUCGUCCUGGCGGUGCGGCCUGCCUGAUGAGAUUUAAAUGCGUGAACGACUUGCAUGAUCACAUGCUGAAGAACCUGGAUCAGCGCUAUGACUCUCGAUAUUGCAUCGACAAGAUCAUCGUGCUGAGUGUUACGGAGGUCGGACGAGGUUUUAUCGAUCGUCUACCCGAUGGUCUGCCAAUAAUACGGAAGAGUAUGUUGCGAUCUAUCGAUCUGCCGGAUGAACAUAAAUUAGACUGCACCAAGCCGGUGCCUAAGGAUAAGUUACGUGCAUCUGCGAGGAUACGCAGAGAGCCGCUGUCGAUUGCCAUUUCGAAUUAUAGCAUCGAUCGUCGUUUCGCCACAGAACCACUGGUGAAUCGAAAUGAUUUUGACACCGGCUAUUCCUACGAUGAUAUGCGCGUCAAUGUACCGUCCACGUUCAAAGAGUUGCCUGGUAAAGUGGCAAUUCUUCAUGGUUUGACUCAUGAAGGCAAUGAGAUCUACAAGGGCAAGGGUGGCCAAAACGUGGCCAAUUGCGUAGCGGCUAUUGCCAUGAAGAAGGUUCAUCCGGUGAAGACGUGGAUGAGGUCGAGAUUGGAUGAGAUUCUGACGCUCGGUGAUUCGCUCUAUGCUAGUGUCAAGUUGGACAAGCCAACGAUAAAAACGAUGACGGCUGCUGAUCUGAAUGACACAAGGCUCCAAGUGAAUGAUCAUAGAUUGGCGAUAGAUGUGGAUCUGAUAACUGUAACCGGCACGCUCAACUCCAAGAUGCCAUCGGUGUUAAAUCUGAAACAGGCCUUGGAAGAGUUUUUUCUGGUAAACGAAGAGGGCGUAAUCGAGACAACAUCUAUGGCGGUGGCAAUCUGGAGCCAGGACGAUUGUUACUAUCUGUUCGAUCCUCGAUCCUGCGAUGCUGUCGGCGUCAGGAUCAUAAAAGAGAACGUUGUCAAGGUUGCAGAAAGGCAAAAAAAGGAGGAAACUGUAUCGAAGGAUAAGGACGGAAAUUGCUGUGUGAUUCGAUUUCCUGACAUCGACUCGUUGAUCGCGCUACUUUUGAAGAACGUCGACCCAAUGAAGAAGAACGAUCGAUUCACAAUCAGACACGUUACAAUUGCAGACGAUGUAGCAGGCGCUCGACCUUGGAAUGAGUUUCAACCUGGCAUGAUAGGUAAGACGUGGGUAUUGCGCGGCGAGAUUUCCAACAUGGACGAGUUGUUCGAGGAAAACCAAGGACUUCAGGGUCUCGCUAUGCCGGUAGUGGCUCUAGUGAGUGCGUGGGAGACGCCACCGAUGAAAUGGAGUAGCGAGACUGUCGACGAAGCGGUUAAAGAGGGCGAUGCUUAUUAUAAUUGGUGCAAGCCUGGCGAAACGGAAGAAGAAACUGAGAGGCCGCUUCUCGUUCAAAACCUGAAAAAGAACUUGUACUUCAAGAAUCGAAAAGUGACCAUCAAUAUGGAGGAGGCGGCAGUCGUCGGCGAUCUAUUGGCAUCGGAUGAUUCCGAGCUGCUCAAUUUGGAGAGAGGAUUGCGUCGAUUCUUCGAGAACAAGCAAUACGGAAUAGUCGAGACAAAGGGUCUCUCGGUAGCGGUAUGGAAAGUCGAGGAAGAAGUGAAAGAGAAAGACAAGGAUAAGGAAACGUUCUACUACUACUUUGAUCCAAAUCCUCGAGAUAAACUGGGUCAGUUGUCGGCAGACGAAGAAAAUUCUGCCUGCGUGGUACGUACGUUGGAUCUUUCAACAUUGGCAAAUCUCAUCAAGAAGAACGCGGGGGAGGAUCCUAAAAAUAACGAUUUCGUGAUACACGAGCUGAAAAACGUCUCUAUCAGCAUGCCAAUGACGGACGAAGAGAUUGAGGCGGAUAAACUGAUACCGAUCAUACCAGAUCUGAAUAACUAUUCUAUUUUAGGCGACACCGGCGCUCUACUUUUAGGUACCAUCGAACAAGGAAACGAAGCCUUUAAACGACAAACUAGAGACAAACAGCAGGCCGCCAAUUCUUUGACGGCCUUGGCCAUGACUAAACUUUACAAUCCUCAUCUAUGGUAUCCCGAGCUCGUGGACGAUAUCCUGAGGAUCGGCGACAAAGUCACCGUCGAGAGCCUAAUAAAUCUUCCCGAAGCGGCUGAGGAAGAAUCACCCAGGAAUUAUCUCCUCCCGUCGGAAAUUACAGAAGACUUCACCAUAGGUGUCAAUCGAAUGUCAAUCCGCCUCGAGGAGGAGUCCAUCGCCGGAAAAACAGCGGAUGCGACGAGGCUGCUGGAGCAGUUCUUCGAAGGAAACACAAUGGGAGUGUUUCGUCAGGGUAACGUGAUGAUGCCGAUCUGGAAGGAAGGGGAUGUGUUCUUCACGAUGGACCCUAGAGGCAGAAAUGCCCGCGGUGAACCUGGGAAUAAGGAUGGAGCAGCGGUGAUGUGGUUCACUGAUAUCCCCUCGUUGGCCGGCGUUCUUCAGGCGGUCGCACAACAGGAUGAUGAUUUCAUCAUUGAUAUUGUCACGGUUGAUAACGCGUAUGAAACGCGAGUGGCCGAGGCACGACGAGUCAAAAGGACCACCUCCGGGGAGAAUCUGUGGCAUCACUUUCCUAAACUCGCUGACGGUGUCUGGAGCAUCGAUGGUAACGUCACCAUGACGGAUGAGAGAUUUGACGAGGAAAAUCGUGGUAAACAGAGCGCGGCCGUUGCUGCGAUGGCUACCAUUUUUUCCAAGGUCUAUCAACCGAAAUACUGGACAUCAUCCGUUCUCGAUGAAAUCAUCGUCACCGGCGACAAACUACACUCAAAAUGCGUCGAGCGACUGGGUUCAGUGCCCCUAGUGAACGAGAUGAUCAGCGAAUUCUUCUUAUCCAGUCGACGCAUCUCUCUAACGAUCAAGGAUUGCGUUGAAGCGGGCAAUCUUAUCGUGAGAUCACCCAAGAUUCAAGAUUUGCAGACCGGUAUUUAUAGCUUUUUCGACAAGUACAACACCGGCGUGCUGACAUCAGGAAAUCGAAACAUCGCCAUAUGGAAAAUCGACAAUGCAUACUAUGCCCUGAUACCCGACUGGUCCGUCGUCGCAAACGAGAUCGCGAUGACGGUACCGCGAGUGUUCAGAUUUAGAGACGCGAGUCUCCUCGUAGAGUAUCUUUUGCGUCAUCUUGGGACGACGAACGACUAUGAGAUCAGCGCGAUCGACGUGCUGGACCGAGACAAACCAUGGAGAUUCGAUCCCAGUCCGGCGAUUCGACCGGCAAAUCUGCCGCCUUUGAAUGCUUACAAAAAAUUGCCGGGCGAGGCGCGGGCAAUCCUGCAUGGCAGCUAUCAUCAGGGUGAUGAAGUCUUUCCCGAAAUGCUGCGCAAUCGACAAACGGCGGCGAAUUGCAUCGUCGCGCUUGGCAUGUCGAUUGUAAAGUGCCCCAUUACUUGGACGAAAAAAACCAUGGAUGAGAUUUUAGCGAUCGGCAGUGCCGUUCAUCGAGAGACGAAGAAAACGAGAUCGACCAAGUCGAGAUUGAGACCGAAAGAUAUUAUCAGAGUAUUCUACAUCGGUGUCAACGUAUUGACUGCUGACAUCGAGUCCAAUACUGUGAGCGGUUUAGUGACAAUCGCGCCUUUGGAUGCAGAAGAGGAACAAAAGAAGGAACGAAAAGAGAAAACAAAGAUCGAUAGAGACAAGAAGAAUGAGAUUCGACGAGAACGAUCACCACCUUCACCUCCGAUUUUACUCGAGGAAGGUCUACGGAAAUUCUUCCAGAAUAACCGUGCUGGCAUUCUAACGAUUGAUCGCAGUAUGCUCGCAAUUUGGAAAGAUUUGGGUAUUUACUUCAUGUAUGAUCCUAAAGCGAGAAACGACCAGGGUCUGCCAGAUCCCCGUGGAACCUCAUGCACGAUAUGGUUCGCCUGCAUGGAACCUUUGUACGACGCAAUCUUUGCAAGCAUCGAUCCACGCGAGAGAUACGGGACUUUUGAAAUCUGCCGAGUGAUUGUAAAGACUGCCGUGAUAGAACCCUUGCCAUGUCCAGCUGGUUUCGGGCUUCACUUGGACCGCAACGCGUCACUCGCGCCGAUUAUCUCCGCGAAAAAGAUCGCUAUGUUGGACGUGAAGCCGCUGAGUCAGUACACUGUCGUGGAGGAAGAGCUCGAUGUUCUACGCGGAAGCCUGCAUAUGUGUCAUCGCGUUUUUAAUCUAAAGAACAGAGGUCACCAAAGCACAGCGAUCGCGGCAGUCGCUAUCGUCAUCGGAUUGUUACACGUGCCAUCCACGUGGACGCCCCAGCUUAUCGACGCCGUGCUUAGAUACGGCGAUUCGUUGUACUUGGAUAGCGCACGUUGUGCUCGGGCAAACGUCAGGAACCUUUCACCCAGCGAGCUGCUCACAGUAUUCAUCGUGGGCGAUAUCCGGGCUACCAUCCACGUUCAUAAUCACACCGUUGCGGGGAUACUCCAUGCCUUCGACCUGUCUGAAGCACUUGCCAUGUUUUUCCGUACAAAUUGCGCCGGGAUACUGCACACGACCAAUUUAGCGGUAGCCGUGAUGCAGCACUAUGGUAAAUUUUACAUGUUCGAUCCGUGUGCGAGAAACGAUCAAGGCAGACCGGCUUAUGAUGGGGCUGCCUGUGUAUUUAAAUGUAACAGUGUCGCGAAAAUAGCCGGCAUCUUUGUGGCCAACUGCAAUCUUAAACGACCAAAUGUAUAUACUCUAAAUGCGGUCAAUGUGUUGAAUUUGCAUUUCUUCUCAGAUGCACGGGACGUUUGUCCUCUCAAGUGCGACCAGUAAUACAUUUUCUUGCCAGGUUUUUCCGUAUAAUAAUAAGGCAAGAAUCGUUAAUCCGCGAAAUUUUCUGAAAGAAUAUUAUGAUCUUAAAAUAAAAUCUCUUCGAAUCUUUCUAUAAUCGAAUGAAUGGAAAAGGGGGAAAGAACUCGUACACGCGGUCGAACAACGUUCUCAAAGUGCUAAUUUUAUUUAUAGGUUUUCUUUAUGACACAAAUCACUUUUAGCAUCUACAUGAGUAGGAGUACAGGCUAUACGAGAAUGAAUUUGAUACAGAUCACUUAUUAGUGUAAAUACAAUGUUCCUUUUUCUUCUCAAUUACACGCUAUCAACCUAAAUACUUAGAAAACACUGUACAACGCAGUUGAG